AUGUCGCUCGAUCCUCCCACCUACUUGGCCUCGCUGCAGAGCAACAUUCGCCAGCGGCCGAUUCCCUGGGAUGGCGCGGUUAGAGCAGGCACUAUCACCGAGGACCAUCUGGCCCGCAUCCGCGCUGUCGACAAGGCCAAAAAACCCGAGGCGAGGAAGGAGAUUGUAGAAGGUGAUCUCGAUGGCUAUCGGUCGCUCUUUGUUGGCGACUCGGGAAAGCCCAGUGUGCUCGAGUCCGCAGGAAAGCAGGACAACGUCGUUCAGUUUAUCCUCGUUCUCCUCGCCGACCUUCUGCCCAGUGUGCCGUCACUUGCCAAGGCUCUCUUCAAGAACACAGACCCUUACAAGCAUUUCCUCCCGCUGCUCGCGCACUCCAACAGCACAGAAGAUCCGAUUCCGCCGCUCACCUCGACGGCUUUGACCAAACUCAUGUCUCUCUCGCUCGACGAAUCGCAGGCGACCCGUAACGCCAUCCCCGUUUUGCUCACAUAUCUCUCGGGCCUCGCAAAGAGUUCCGAUGCUGGUCUCCAGGACAUUGCAGUUCAGGAAUACUCGUCGCUUCUCUACGGGCAUGCGUCGAGAACACAAUUUUGGAACCAAAGAAGCGAGACUAUUGCGCCUCUGAUCGACAUCCUCAGGACGGCUGCGGGCAUUGGAAGCAACGGAAGCUCUUCUGCAAGCAUAUGGAGUGGCAACGCGCCUCCACGAUCCAUCGGCUUUGAAGGCUCGCUCGGCGGCGGGGUUGGCUUGCAGCUGCUGUACCAUGUACUAUUGGUUAUAUGGCAACUGAGCUUUGAGGCCGAGGAAUUCGGCGACGACUUGAAUGACGAGUAUGACAUCGUCCUGUUGUACACCCAGCUCUUGCGUCUUUCCCCGAAGGAGAAGACAACACGCUUGAUUGUGUCAACUCUGUUCAACCUGCUCGACAAGAACCAAAAGUCCCUCCUUCCUACUGCGGUACUUGCACGACUCCCCGCACUCCUCGAGAACCUGAGUGGUCGCCACUUGACGGACCCCGAUCUGCUGGAGGACCUCCAGAGCUUGAAGGAGCUGCUUGAGGAGUACACCAAGACAAAGACCACCUUUGACGAAUACGUUGCUGAGGUCGAAUCCGGCCACCUUCGCUGGUCUCCACCUCACAGGAGCCAGGUGUUCUGGGCAGAGAAUGCGCGCAAGAUUUUGGACCAUGAAAACGGAGACAUCCCGCGCAAACUCGCAAACAUAAUGAAGAGGCCGUGGGACAACGACAAGCAGGUCUUGGCCAUUGCUUGCAACGACGUAGGUGCCUUGGUCAAGGAGGUGCCGGAGAAAAGAUACCAAUUGGAGAAGCUCGGCCUCAAGACCAGAGUGAUGGAGCUCAUGGGAGACUCAGACGAACACGUUCGAUGGGAGAGCUUGAAGGCAUUGGGCGGCUGGUUGAAGUACAGCUUUGACGGUUGA